UGAAAACUGGGACAAGGGAGGUGAAAUUUUCCAAAUGCUGAUCCAGGUGUAAUUACCUACCUGCUCUGGUAUUAGCGGAAGCGUCGCAGCUCACCUAUUGCUCAGCCAGGUAUUGACCUUUAACCUGGCAACACCGUUCCUUCCUGCUCAUCUCAGUGAUGAAUUCCUCUCCACAUUGUUGAAGAUGAGGUGAAUUCCCAGGUUGAAUACCGAUGUCUGACGGAAUCGGUUAAACACGGGAUGUCAACAAGUGACGCAGGAGAGCUGGAGCUGAGAGGAGAGGCGGCAGCAGCAGUAGCAGAAACGCCUCUGUGCGCCACAGCGCGACCAGCACGGACCGCAAUCAGAGAACAUGAGGAUGAAUAUUUGGAAAGAUUCAACCACAAGAAUAACAAAACAAACACUGAAUUGCCGGAGCAGAACGCGACGGUCGUCAAUCAGGAAGAGACGCUCAAAGCACUGAUAGUCGACAGUUUAGGUGAAUCCAACCCUUCAGUUGUCCAGGUCCAAAAGUUCUGUUGGGUCCAGUUUCACCUCCUUGACCAUCUACAAGCCAGAGCUGAGCCUCGGGAGCACUUUAGACCUGCAGUCCAGGUUGAUGGAAGAAGAUCAACUCCAGACACCUGUUUAGGGACAGUCGGCAACUGUCCACUUCAGACUGAUCUCUGUCAAGCCAAGAAGGAAGACAAGAUCAUCUCAGAUGUUUAUCGGGAACUAAGGAUUACAACAGACCUGAUUAAAACUCAUCCUCCUAAUGGCAACUGUAGACCACAUGAGCAUAAUAAUGGCUUGCAUUUAUCUUCAUGUGUGUCACAACCAAGGAUUUACACUUCGUCUCUACCUGGAACUGAAGCAGAAAAGGAUAUAAAGCAUCAUAUAAACUUUGAUAACCUUGAAAAACUGUGUGACCCCCACGGGAAUAUGCUUUCCUCCACCAUGGUGACAGUUCUGGCUGCCCCCUGGAGUGGUCGACUAAGGAGGACUAAAAGAUUUGAUGGAACAGGUUCUUCAGAGUCUCCAGCUGAUUUGCAAGAUGUUUCAAAUACUGCAACAAAGAAUGACCAUGGUCUUCAGGAGACUUCGAGCCAGAGUGCUUUAACAGAUGGGUUGUACUGCCCAACUUUUGUUCCACUUUUGAGCACCAGGAGGAAUACUGCAGGAUGGUCAGCUAAAAGUGACCCUUCAAGCUUGGACUUGGAAUCCAAAAGGAUAAUGACUCAGACUGUCUCUUUGGAUUCAAGUGGUACUUGUCCUUCAAACACAGCUCCGUCUCCCUGGUCUCCUUUACUUGAUCCAAAUGAAAGAAGGACUCACCAAACAGGACAUCAAGGACGCAUAUCUUCAGAACCAACGACAAGUAGUCUGCUUCUGUCUUUGAGAAGAGUAAAUUCCAACACCACAAACUCUAAUACAAACUUCAUUUUCCCUGAAGUAAGCAAAUCGCCUUUGAGCAGUUCUCCAAAUGAUCAAAAUGGAAAACUUACCACACACCUCUCUCAGACUUCUUCUGCCCAAAAUGAACAACAGAGACCAAGGCCUAUCCUUUCCCAUUCACACAUUCCUUAUGGCUCAACUGAAACUGGACCUGUCUAUUUCCCAGCAUUUUCAAAUGACAGAGAGGGUAAUGCACCGAAUGUUAGAAACAAUUCGUUCACCAAGCAAGCUCAAACAGUAAACACGAUUCCAACCUCGCUUACAUCUUCCAAACAUCUAUUUCAGGAUAACAGACCACUAGAGAGGCAACAGAGCAAUGUGGGUUCUGAUAAACCAACACCACUUUCAGAUACCUUUCUCUCCUCUGCUAGACAUUCAUCAUAUGAUCAAGCCAGAGUUUUAAAAACUCACUCACUUCCUAGACGGACAACUCUGACAUCUACUUCCUGGUGGAAACAAGUUUCCCCAGAAGGCAGUUCUCAUCUUAGUCACAGUGACACAGUCAACACAAAAGACAAGUCUGAAGCAGACUCUCCAUGUCUGACAGACAACAAAAGACUGAUUAGUCAAAUCCUCAGUAGCAGAGACAACAACAAUACAUCAGAGUCAGUUUCCAAAGGUAACAUGAACCUCGCUUUGAAGACACCAGAAUCAGAAAUGCUCAUAAAACAGCAGUAUAGCUUAUUUGCAGACAAGAGAGAACCACCAAAAGCUCACAGUAUGCCUGAUUGUUUGCCCACUUCUAAACUUAGCACAGCAGCAGCACAAAAAACACCAGUAAACACCAACCACCCCAUAAAAAAGGAUGCCAGUGGUACUUCGUUAACAUCACAUUUAAAAGAAUUACCAAUAACUGCAUAUAAACAUCAGACCUCAGAUUGCAUUAAAAAGUAUAAUAAUUCUCCACACAAAACCAACAGUAUCCACACAUCUGUACACAACAUGGACUCUCAAACAUUUACCAAGUCACCUCUUACUCAUGAUCUUACCACUAUGAACAGUCAAGCUCCUGUUUCUGGCAUCCCCACUACCCCAAACACCAAAAACAAUGUUUCCUUCCUGUCUCCUCCAGAUUCUUCAGAGACCUGUAUUAAUGUUUCUACAUCCAAUACUCUAAAGUUCAGCAACAUAGCUACCGUCACACCUCUUGGUUUUCAGAGAAGUUAUGCCUGUCUGCCUAAACCCUUCCGCACUAAAACUGUGUCCAGCCUGAUUUCUCAAGUCAAUUCUGUCACCAAAACAAAAAGUAGCUCUGUAUCCACCACUCCCACUACAUGUUCUUCUACCACUGCUGAUACCCCACCAGUUCUUAGCCCUACUGUCUCUUCUGCCAUUACAGCUCCCAAUUUUACCACUGCCUCCUCCUUUCUAACCCCCCCUGCAACCCCGGGAACAACUAGCCCCAACUCAGAAACAACCACACCCAAAUUGAAAAGUAUGUUCAGCAACAGCCUGGAAAGAGAAUCAAAGAAACUAAGUCUAAGGUUAGAGGGAAAGAAGGAGAGGCGAGUAACAUGGGGGGACUCUGCUGAUGUGAAAUGCUCAGAGCCGGAGUCAGAUUCUUUGAAGGCCCAAACAAACCUGUUAUCUCCCUCUAGGCCUACUCAAAGUAUUCCAUCAGUCUUCUCCUUUUUACCACCAGGCAGUCCAAAAGAAGGUACAUCUCCUGUUGUCUCCCCUAACCCCAACAUGUUCAGCACAGAGUUGGUAAAAGGAGAGAAACAUCCCUCCUUUUCCUCUGACUCUGCAGACUUAGCAGCCAGAGAGCAUGAGAAAAGCAAAUACAAAACUGGUGAUACUUUAAACUUUGACCUGACAAGACAGGGCUUAAGUACACCCAAGCCAGAAGAAAUGCCAUCAAAGGAAUCUGGCUUUGUAAAGUGUCGUUUUUCUGCUCCUCUCUCCCUCCCACCUGACUUCUCAAGUGGUCUCAAUGUGCGUUAUAGUACCCCACCUUACUCCACCUUAAUGUCUAGCAGGCAAACACAGAGAGAAAAGUUCAUACCACAUUCAUUUUCUAUUUCACAAUCGCCUCAGUCAAAUUAUUCUGCACAAACUUCCCUAAGUGCUGACCAACAUGUGGCACUGACUUCCAAACCACCCCUGUCCCCUAUCAGACCGUCCCAGCCCUCCUUGGUAUUCCAAAGGGCAACUGCCACGCAAGACUGUUCAAUCGGCAAGCUUUCAGAUACUGAUAAAGUCAACAAUAAUCACAUCAAGGACCACAAUCAGAUUAAUUCAAACAGCCAGAUACAGCUUCUUGAUAACAGAGUUCAUGUCAGCUCACAGUCUCUUUCAGGUGAUGAAGAACACACUUUUUCCUCUACGUGUGUGACUGAGACGCUGAUUUACAGCAUUAAACCCAAAGUAGAUACAGCUACUGCUGCUCAAAAGGGCACCACACCUAAAUCUUUGCAACAUGGCACAAACACAUUGGUCUCUAUGGAGACCAAAUCAAACACAAUGCAGAGUACCGAAACAGUCAGACAACUGUAUUCAGACCAGAGCUCCAAUAAUAGCAAAUCUAGUGAAAGUCAUCUCUGCAGUAAGGACAGCAACAGUUGUAGCAUGAAGGAGAAUGUGCAGAGUAAAAGCAGAUUUUAUUCAAUCGAAGCUAAUAAUGAACAAAGUCCAAAGAAAAACCGGUUUGCUCUCAAGAGAAGUGCCAGCACACCAAACUCUAGUGUACCCGUGUCAGAGAGGGUCAACAAGAGUUACAACAAAAUGGACCAGAUGUUACACAGGUUGAAACAAAAGUUCAGCUCAAGACGACCUGAUGAAGAUUUAACAUUUCCAUGGAAAUGGAAGCGAAAUUCACAAACACCAUCUGUUAGUGGAUCAAGUGAUAUGAGCUGUGUCAGCGAUAACAGUUUGGACAGUACAAAAACUCUGGAGGAACAAGGGCAGGAGAAAGAGAUGGUACUGAAUCAUGUUUCAGCAAAUAUAGACAAUACUAAAACACUCUCAGAGAAUAGAUACGCUAUCAUACCAGCCCUAGAUGUUGGAGAACCAAAGGUGGAAAACGAAUUAGCUGCAACUCAAGCCUUUAGUCAAGGUGCCUAUCUAGAACAAGCAUCCAAAGUUCAUCUCACUGUCCACAGCCCAACUGACCUUGACCCAACAGAUCACUUGGCUCCUGGUUCAGAUCCAAAUGCUGACAGGAGCCCCUCUCCUACUUCUUAUCAGACUCUGUGCAGGAGAUCUACACCUAGCCCCAGAAGCCCAUUCUCACCUUUCUCUUCUAUUUCUCCUCUUUCCCCGUUUCCUUCUCCUGAUGGGGCAGAUGACAGUGUAUUUUACAGCCCAAAGCUGCAGCGCCGAAGGGAGUCCUCUUCCCCAUGUGAUCCAAGAGAAAGAAUCAGCUUAGGAAGCUCAAGAAGAAGUCGGGCCUCCAUAGGUCCUCCCAGUAUGAGUCCAGUACAAGAUAAAGAGUAUGUUGCUUCCUCAUAUGCUGAUUUAAAGUAUGGAAUAGAACCUGGUAGAUCUUUUUCUGUAGGUUCUGUUCUCUCUGGGAGAUCCUCAAGGCCUGGGCGUAUUUCGACUGGAUCCAGGUUUAUGAGUGUGGGUGACCUUUCUCAGUCCACCUUGUCUUGUGCAGGCCAUGGCAAAGAACUAUAUCAGGGUUCUCUUCCACCUGAUUGGACGGGAGAUUUUCAUUGCCAGCCUACUAAUGAUUGCCGAAUAUCAAAUUUCUUUGGUGAUACCAGUAACACGCGGUCCAGGUCUCUACCAAGAUCCUGGACCCGAUUAAUGACUAGCUGGAACUCAGGAGUCCCUCCUUCUCAGUCUGUGACUGCCUCCACCGCAAAGCCAGCUCUUCUUCACAGCCCCACCAUGAACACUUGUCAAUCUGCAUGGGAUACAGAAGGUCCUCCAACCCCUCCUCUAACCCCUCCGCUGUCUCCGGUGACUAGACGCAUGUCCAAACCUCCCAGUUUGUCUUCUUCCCCUACCUUUUCCCCUGUUCAGCAAGGUGACAUCCAACCAUCCCAAAGACAUUUACCAUCCAGGAGGUAUGUAUCCAGCCUCAGCACCUUUGAUGAGUCAACAGACAGUGGCUCAGACACAACCACAGAUGAUGAAUACUACCUAGAGUCAGAUGACGAGGUAGGAAAAGAGACUGAGCUGUGAAAGCAGAAUGUUCUCUAAGUUUAAAGACAAACAAAAAACUCCAAAAGAAGAAAGAUGUACAAACUUUUUCAUGAUUACCUCUGUUUGUUUUUCUUUUUUUCUCUUAACAAAGAAGGCAUGAGGGCAGCUGGGACAACAAUCCACCUGCUUGGCUUGCUUGUUGAAAGUGAUAGCUGCAGUUGUGGCCAGAAGUUUUACACUGGAUGAGCUAUCUGGAUAGAGCCAGUUUAAACGCAAUGUACAGUAUAUUAUACAUGACUGCAGAGCUCUAAUUUAUAAAUACCAAGUUGCUACUGUCUGUUAUUAAAUUUGCUGCAUGGUAGAGGUGUACAACGUGGCUGUAUUACAGAACAAAGCUCUCUUUGGUUAAGCUUUCAGCAAUAGAUCAGUCUUUGGGUUGGCAUUUCAUUGCACCAGGUGACAGGAUACAUGUAUAAAUGAGCUGUCAUGAUAUUUUUAUGAUCCACCCUGGGUUUUAAAAAUUGAAGGGAGUGUUGCAUAACGUUUGGAGCAUAAAACAGGAAAGCUUUAUUUUCUUAUCUAUUUUAAACCAUUGUCUUUAAAAAUGAUACACUGGAAUGAAACUCAACACUAGCAUUUGCCAUCAGAUAUUAAGUGUUCUACCCAGUGCCUGCUUUUAUUUGCACAGUGACAAUAUUAAAUCUUUAAUAUAUGUGUUUCAUAAAUAAAUUCAAAAUUUCUAACAAGA